AUGCAGGGAGCACAUAGAGGGUUGGGCCACACUGCACAUGGCGCCGAUUCCCUGAUUCCCCGACUAGCAGCUGCUGUCCCGGAUGCAGGCACAGUUAUUCCCAGUGGCGCUCACUCUGUUACACGAGCACCGGAAGUCUCCGGUUGGAGCAAAAGCACCAUGCCUUCAACCCAAAGGCCGGGAAUCCGACAUCACAGAUUCGCCCUUACAGUGCCUUUCCCGACCUCUUUGGAGGCAGAAAUCACCUGUGGGUGCCUAGCUCCUGAUGCCGAACCGCACCAAGGACUGUUGGGGAAGGAGCUUCAAGUGAGCGGCUGCGUGCUGGAAGCACACUGGAUCUCGGAAGACUCUCGCCUCCUCCGAAUGUCCAUCAUGAACUUUCUUGACCAGCUUUCCCUAGUGGUGAACACCAUACAGCGCUUUGGGCCCCCAGUUUCUCGUUAA